AUGUAUACAUCUAAUUACCAGAAUACGAAGAAUUAUGUACAUGGGUUUUGUGAUACAUACGGAAAUAUAUCAGAAUCGAGUCCUAUUUUAAUAGAUUAUGAUAAAGAUUAUAUUCCACGUGACAUUUCUAGUAUAUCCAGAAUAGCACUACCAUCACCACCAAGAGAUAAUCCAUCUAAUUAUAAAAUGCAAACAUGUCGUCAGGAUUCUAUGCAGACAUCAGUGAAUGUAUUUAUAGGGAGUACAACAGAUUCGUCAUCUACAUCAUCGAAUAAUAAAAAUAUUAAACAUACGUCAUUAUGUUCAGAUACAUCGAAUAUAUGUUGUUCUCAUAUAAAACCUAGUUCAAUAGAUCCAUAUUCUAUGCUUUAUGGAAAUCAAGAUAUGUUUUCGUAUUCGAAAUCGAUUGCAUCUCAAUCAGAAACAAAUUCAUCUUUACCUAUAUCGGAUACAUUUGAUUAUUUACAUUGCUUGCCUACGCCUACGACAUUAGGAUCUACAUCAUGGGCAUAUCCAGAAUAUACGUAUGAUAAGUCUCCUAUUUGUUCGGAAUUUUCGAUGCAACAUAUGAUGUUUUCAGAAUAUCCGGGGUUAAUUUCUGAUUAUAAUAAUUCUAAUAUUAUGGAUUGCUCUACAUUUUCUGAUAAAGAUUAUGGAUAUAUGACGUAUAAAAUGUCAGCGCCGAAUCUUUUUACAUCCGAUUUGAUGCAAGUUUAUGAUAAUGAUCCUACGACAUCAUCUAAUGUUCAUAAUAUGACAACUCAAUCUUGUGGUAAUGCUCCCUCAUCAUUUCAUAUGCAAUCGGAAAUGUUUGGUUCAAUGCAGUAUAAUUCAUCUUUAAAUAGUCCAUUGGAAUUACCACCUUUAACAAAUAUUCAAUAUGAUCAUUCUUUACAUUCUCAAUAUAAAAAACAUAACACAAAUCUUUGCUUCAAUCGAGUGGUCGAUAAGGGGGACUAUUCUUCUGAUAGACAACCUCAUGAUCUUAGUGAUCAACGUAAUAAAUGUUUUAAAGUGGAUGCUAAUAAUAUUAUGUUACAUUCGAUUAAGAAAACGAAUGAUUCAUUGGCUGUAAGACGAGGCAAACCUAUUAGCUCGCUGAUUAAAUCCUUUAUUCCUUUAUCUGAAUCAAUAUUACAGUCUAUUGUUAAUGAUUAUAUUUCUCUUACUCCUUCAGGCUAUCAAAAACAUAGGUAUUCAAUUAUAAUAUAUACGAGUAAAGUAGCACAGAAAAGUUAUGGUACUGAGAAAAGAUAUCUUUGCCCUCCUCCAUGUCUUCGUCUUCUUGGUUCCAAAUGGUUUGAAGGUUGCUUAGCUGAUAUUCCUUUGAAUUCUUUUCCAGGAACUAAUCAAAAAGAAAACACGUAUGGAACCAAUGUAUUUGGAAUGUAUUCGUUUAUGGAUAUUUAUGCGACUUCAUUAUUGCUGGAUGUAGAAGAAAGCUUUAAUAUCUCAUCCAUGGAUUGUUAUUGUAGUGAUGGUACUAUUUUUAAACCAGGUUCUAGUAAAACAACCCCUGUUUGGGGAAAAAUCAACCUUAGAUCUAUGUAUGUUCCUGACAGGAAGGAGAAAAUACGUUCUGCGUGCUUAAAAGUACAAUUACAUAAAAAGAAUAAGGAAUUUAAUUUUGUUCAGUUUCAAUCUUCCCCAAUAUGUAUAAUAUCAAAAGCUUCUCAAAAGAAGACAAGUAGUAAGAAUAAUGAUAUGUUAAUUUAUCAUGGAAGCAUGAUUGCUUUGUUUAAUCGAUCUAAGGCACAAACAAAUCGUAUUCGAUUUCUUGGGACAUCCUCGAAUUCUUCUAUAACUAAUAGUGUUCCAUCAGGUUUGGGGGAUCAUCAGUUAGAAUUAAGUCCUGAGAAUAUCUUUCUGACUGCAACUUCUCAAGUUUGGGAGCCUUUUCUAAUAUGGUCUCUGGACUUAUUUGUUAAUCCAGGAUCUUGUGAAAAUAUAGAUCAAAGUAUGACUUUGAUUCGUUUUAAUCAGGCUGUUGUUUUGCAAUGUUCAACAACAGGAUUAAUAACCAUUCCAUUAAUUAUUCGUCGAGUUGAUGGCCGAAAUACGGUUAUUAAAGGACAAGAAAACUCGAAAAAUGAUCAUAAAAAUAUGUUUGAUCUUGAUGAGCCUGUUAAUUCGUUACAAAAAGUAGCAUUUCAGGUCUAUAACGAAAACUCCAAUUUACCGGAUAUAUACCUUACAUAUCAAGACGAGAAUAUUAUUAUGCAAUCAGCACGAUAUAUAGACAAAGAAGAAAUAGAUACGAAACUUUCUGAUUAUGAUAAGCUAUCUAAUAAAAAAUCUUUAUGGGAUAUAUCUAGCUCUAAUUCAGCACCUGAUACUUUUCUUCCUUCAAAAGAUUUAUUAGAUAAUAUAUAUAAUAAAUUAUUUUCUUAUCAUGAUUUUAUGCAGAAAUACGGUUGCCAUCAUACUAGUGGCAUGAAUAAUAAUACAAUUCAAAAUUCUCCAUAUAAAACUAGAUCUUCAAUUCAGGGAUCCAUUUUUCCUCAAAAUUUAUCUAUUGAUAAAAGCGGGUCAAGUUCUUUGGAAAAUAAUUUUGAAAAUGCCGAAAUUGUAAUGGAAAAUGCUAUAUGGAAUAUUGUAGGAAUAUCAUCUGUUGAAUCUUCUUUUUAUAUAUCUCCAAAGUCUAAUGCUACUACAAUUGGUCUUGUACCAGUUAUUAAAGAAGUUAAAUAUCUUUCCGUGAAUAUUAUUCAAAUUAUUGGUCAAAACAUUAAUCAAUCUUACUCUGUAUGGAUUGACGGAAAGCCAUGUAAAACAUUUCGAUUUUCUACCUUUUUUGCUGAAGAUAGUUCUAUGUUUAUCGAUUUACAGUGUAUUUUGCAUCCUCAAAUUAUGCCACAGGACCCUAAUCAUAUAUUAUUGGUUCGAGAUGAUGGUGUUGUUUUUGAUUCGAAAAGACAUAUAUAA